AUGAGUUACGACGACAUCUGCAACCGCACCGACUGGUCCAUGGACGACUCCGAAUUCGCCGAGUUCGUCGAAGGAGGCUACUUCCUCUGGGACAACACCCUCCGCGACAUCAUCGCAGCCCUCGAACCAAGCCCCGGCUCCCCUGACAGACAAGCAAUGGACAGCACCUUCCUCAACCACUUCGAAAUUCUCCUCACAGCCGCAUCUGCCGAAGCUGCUGUCGAAUUCGCGCAGUCCUCUCCCAUGGGUAAGUGCCAGGAUGUGAACGUGGACUGGAUCAUGCCCUACUGCUUCGAUGGCGCGCACUGGGUGACCGUCAUCAUCAGUCGGCAAGAGCACUACUGGGGCGUCUAUGACUCCCUACCUGGAUGCGAGUAUGCGGGGCUAUUCGCGGCGGUGGAGUUCCUAGUAAAAAGUCUUCACGUGGAGCGUGAGCCGGAGAAGGAAUGGGAGUUUGAUCUCCUUCCCACCAUUCAGCAGGAUGAUGGGUGGAGUUGUGGGAUCCAUACUGUGGAGCACGUUUUGCAUUUUCUGCGCGAUGGGGGCUCGCAUUUGGGGAGUGUGGAUGUGAAGGCUAGGAGACAGGAGUAUUACGAUGCGUUUCUGGAGCUGGAACAUCCACAGGCUAUGGAGUACUCUCCUGAGGAUGCGGAGGAGGUUCCUUGUGUUCUGGUCUCUGAUCAGCGCCAGGAACUUGAUGCUUCAUCUCCUGUCCUCCGUUCCUCUCCCGUUCCUGUGACUUUUGGUGAAAUUUUCCCUGGCAAUCCUCCCUACUCGCCAACUGAAGACGGGGAAAGUGAAAAGGUCCCUAGCAUCGCAAUAUCUCCCCCUUGCAAAGAACCCGCUACCCCAUCUCCUCUCCUCCCCGACCCUGCACUCGGCGACUUCGAUCCCCCCACGAUGACCUACCUCACCCACUCCUCCACAUUCCCCGAAUCCCUCCCUCUCAGAAAACUUCCUCCCCCGUCCUUGGACAUCAAACCCCUUCAGCUUCCGCUUCAGAAACGAUAUCGAACGCUUCCUUAUCCCGCGACCGGCGGCUCCUACCCCUUUCCUUGA